AUGACUACCGCUACAGCUGUUUACCCCACCUUGGAGAACCGUCCCCUCAAGGACACCAUUGUUCUCUUCGAUGUUGACGAGACCCUGAGCAAGGCCCGGCGGUCUGCCACCCCUGAGAUGCACGAGCUGCUCUCUCAGUUGCGACACAAGUGCGCCAUCGGAUACGUUGGCGGCUCCAACUACGUCAAGCAGCAGGAGCAGCUGGGCAAUGCUACCACCGAAGUGACCACCCUGUUCGACUUCUGCUUCUCCGAGAACGGCCUCGUGGCCUGGCGCCUGGGCAAGCCCCUCGACAGCAACAGCUUCAUCCAGUGGCUCGGCGAGGAGAAGUACCAGGAUCUCGCCGAUUUCUGCCUUCGUUAUAUUUCCAACAUCAAGUUGCCCAAGAAGCGUGGUACUUUCAUUGAGUUCCGCAACGGCAUGAUCAAUGUCAGCCCCAUCGGACGUAAUGCUAGUAUCGAGGAGCGGAACGAGUUUGAGGCCUAUGACAAGAUCCACAACAUUCGUCGGGAUAUGGUCGAGGCCCUGAAGAAGGAGUUCCCCGACUACGGUCUCACCUUCUCCGUCGGUGGCCAGAUCUCCUUCGACGUGUUCCCCACCGGUUGGGACAAGACUUACUGCCUGCAGCACGUUGAGGCCGAGAAGAACAUCUCCGGCAUCGAGUACAAGACCAUCCACUUCUUCGGUGACAAGUGCUUCCCCGGUGGCAACGAUUACGAGAUCUAUUCCGACCCUCGCACGAUCGGUCACUCUGUCGAUGGUCCCGAGGAUACCAUGAAGCAGCUGAAGGAGCUCUUUGAUCUUUAA